AAACCCUAUAUGCCGUAUAUAAAACGUCUUCUUUUCACUAAUCUGCACAUGCAUCGUGGCUUAUCUUAAUUUGUAUUCCAGCCACCAAAUGUCUUUGCAUCCAUGUACACCAAAAACACAUCAGCCAAGCCCACAAACACAGAUACACACACUGGAGGGAGAAAAAUGAGAUGUUGACCAAUCAAAGAACUGAAUAAGCCAUCGCCAUCUCUCUCAACCACACCGUCAUAGAUGGCCAUUAAAUUCCAGCAAGAGUUGCAUGUGAUUUAUGUAACUUUCCCCUUCUCCUUAUCUCCAAAUCCAUCGAAGUAGAGAGGCGAUCAAUGACUUGAGAUGAGAUCAAUGGCCCUACUCCCAUUAGAAAACCCAAAGGGAAAAGCAAAAGAAACCCGAAUUAUUAGCUCUAGCACCCAAGAAAAGUUCCUUAUUACAAAGAAAAGGCCGCAACCUAUCUCUAUCCACAAAGCACAAUCAAGAAAGGCAAAGCAAAGCUACCCCCCAAUGGAAGAGAUGAUGAUGGUGAUGAUGAAGAUCAGAAGCCAUGAACCAACUCAUGAUCAGCCCGAUAAUAAUCAUCUCAAUAUCAAUAUCCCCAGCACCACCUCUACUUCUCCGACCUGGAAACUCUACGAGAAUCCCUUUUAUACUUGUCAUCAAAAGCCGCAGCAAAAUCAUCAUCAUCAGAAGCAGCAGCAGCAAGAUUCUACUGAUCAUCAUCAGCGGCAAAUUCACAGGCUCCACCUCCCUAUAUCGGCCCGGAAGAUCGCGGCGUCUUUCUGGGAUUUAACAUUUAUUAAGCCUUUCAUGGAGUCGGAGCUGGAAAUGGCCCGAGCCCAGAUCGCUGAUCUGAAGGCGGAGCUUGAAUGUGAACGGAAAGCCAGGAAAAAAAUGGAGUCCCUGAAUAAAAGGCUGGCCAGGGAACUAUCUGAGGAACGGAAAGGGAGAGAGGCCCUGGAGAGAGUCUGCGAAGAGCUUGCCAAGGAAAUCUCCUCUCGCAAAGCGGAGUUCAGUAGGAUGAAGAGAGAGAUUGAGGAGGAGAGGAAAAUGCUCCGCACGGCUGAGGUUAUCAGGGAAGAACGCGUGCAGAUGAAACUUGCCGAGGCGAAAAUCCUGCUUGAAGAGAAGUUUUCGGAGUUGGAAACUGCUAAGAAGAUGGGAACUGAGUCGUCAUCAGGUUCCAAGAAAGAAGGAAAGAUCAAUUACGAAGUGGAUAAUGCUGUGAAUCCCACUUCUUUCGGGGAGAAGCUGAGGUUUGUACUGGGGGACAAACUGCCAGCUUCUGUUAACAUUGGAAAUGUACAUUCGAUGGCUGUGAUGCAGAGAAAGGCCUGUCCAGAAGCUGAGAAUCCCCACAUCAAACGUGGGAUCAAAGGGUUUGUCGAGUUCCCGAAAGUUGUCCGAGCAAUUGGUUGCAGAAGUAGUAAGCAUUUGGGCAGCAAAUUGGAGUGUCAGAAGGCUCAGCUGAAGAUUCUGCUCAAACAGAAAGGGCCUGUCAGGUUUAAUGGCCUUAUUGCAAGCUAAGAUCAACCUGAUGACCCAUGUUGAAUAUUAUGUAAUUAGUUUUGUCUCCUGAUUGGAUUUGGUUUUGAAUACUAGCAGAUUAUUUACGACAACUAAAGACUUUUGUUUCUUAUACUUUGAGCAUGUUUUUGCAAGUGGAUUACUUGUCAGGAGAAAGGAUAUAUCCAUUGGAAGUUUGAAGCAAACAGUGUUGUUGAUUAAUUGCUCCUGGAUUUGUAAUAGUAAUUGAAAUUUGAUGUUGUUUUAGCAUGAACUGUGGAACUGUAUAGCAUAGCAGUUGUGUAA